UUCAAACCACAUCACCACCACAAACCAAGACAGUCAGUCAUAGACGAGGGCUCACUUUCACUUGCCCGAGCUAAAGUAUCCUUUGCUAUUUCGAAGACACAAAAGUACAUAUAAGGAGAUGAGCACUGGCCUUAAUAUGCUGGCACCGGAGCCUGCGGCCCUGCCGCCGGAGACUAAAUUACCCGCGGUGGAGGAGGAGCAUGGCGGGAUAACAGGGAUCAACAAGAUGGCCCGACGGAACUGUUCCGUGAGUCGACGGAAGGCCGAGCUGGUGCAGGUCGCUCUGAGGCUGUCGUGCACAGCCACGUCGCUGACGGCGAUGGCGUUCAUGGUGACGGCGGAGCAGGCGAGUGUUGCGUCCAUAUAUGGGUUCAGCUUCCCAAUCCGAUCCAAGUGGUCCUUCUCUGACUCCUUCAUGUAUUUGGUGGGGGUAUCUGCGGCGGUCGGGGCCUACUCUCUUGUGCAGCUGCUAAUUAGCGUCUCGAGGCUGCUGAAGAGGUCACCUCUGAUUCCCUCCCGGAGAUAUGCUUGGCUAAUUUUUGCUGGUGAUCAGGUGUUUGCGUAUGCGUUGAUGAGUGCAGGGUCGGCCUCCUCCGGGGUCACGAACCUGAACCGGACAGGGAUAAGGCACACAGCCCUCCCAAAUUUCUGCAACCCAUUGCGCAGCUUCUGCAACCAUGUUGCGGUCUCGAUAGCCUUCACCUUCUUCGGCUGCAUAUUGCUCGCCACAUCUGCCGUCUUAGAUGUCAUUUGGCUCACAAAAAACUGAAAGCUUUCAACCACUCGGAUAUCUUCUGGCAGUAGUCCUUUCUCGUAGUUAGUUCUAAUGGGAAACUCGAUGUCAUCGUCAUCGUUGUUAAGGAGAAAUCUAUGUCUGUUGUUUAGAAUGUCAGAUUAAUGGAGGAUAUUAUCUUUGAAGUUGGGUGAACGAAAUUUAUAGAAGUUUAUGAUAUGAACCUUGAAAAAUAAAAUUACUUGUUUCUAAAUA